ACUAGGCUCACUGUGGUUUGAAAAUCAUAAGGUGUGUUGUAUUUGGUGUGUAAAACAGGUAAUUAACUAAACUAUCAGCAAAUAUGGGCAAAGAAAGGAUCCAUAUCAACCUGGUCAUAAUUGGCCAUGUAGACAGUGGCAAAUCCACAACCACUGGCCACCUGGUCUACAAAUGUGGAGGAAUUGACCAUAGAACAAUUGAGAAAUAUGAGAAGGCUGCAACCCAGAUAGGAAAGAGUUCCUUCAAGUAUGCCUGGGUUCUGGACAAACUGAAAGCAGAGAGGGAACGUGGCAUUACAAUUGAUAUUUCCCUGCUGAAAUUCAAUACUCAGAAAUACACCUUUACUAUAAUUGAUGCACCUGGUCAUCGUGACUUCAUUAAGAACAUGAUCACAGGGACUUCUCAGGCUGAUGCUGCUCUACUAAUUGUCUCUGCUGCAAAGGGUGAAUUUGAGGCAGGGAUUUCUCGCAAUGGUCAGACAAGAGAGCAUGCUUUGCUGGCUUACACCCUUGGGGUCAAACAGCUCAUGGUCUGUGUCAAUAAAAUUGACCUCACUGAGCCGCCAUUCAGCCAGAAACGUUAUGAUGAGGUGGUGAAGAAUGUUUCUGUGUUCAUCAAGAAGAUUGGCUUUGAGAUUGGUGCUGUACCUUUCAUACCGGUUUCGGGUUGGAAUGGUGAGAACAUGAUUGCCCCAUCACAGAAGAUGCAGUGGUUCAAAGGGUGGAAGCUCAAGAGGAAAGAAGGCCACUCAAAUGGCCGAACUUUGUUGGAGGUGCUUGAUUCCCUACUUCCUCCGGUGCGCAAUGCGAGCAAACCACUGCGCCUUCCCCUACAAGAUGUCUACAAGAUUGGUGGUGUUGGCACAGUCCCUGUGGGUAAGAUUGAAACCGGUGUCUUAAAGCCUGGAAUGGUUCUGACCUUCUCCCCAGCGAAGUUGACUGCUGAGGUCAAGUCAAUUGAGAUGCAUCACCAGGGGCUUCAGACUGCCCUCCCUGGCCACAAUGUGGGCUUCAACAUUAAAAAUGUAUCCGUAAAGAACCUUCGGAGAGGUGAUGUAGCAGGUAACGCACAGCAGGACCCACCAUCCGAUGUCAGUAGUUUUAUUGCUCAGAUCAUAAUGCUGAAUCACCCAGGCAAAAUCAAGGUUGGCUACUCUCCUGUACUAGACUGCCACACAACUCAUGUUUCCUGUCGUUUUGCUGAGCUGAGGGAGAAGCUUGAUCGGCGUUCGGGGAAGAAACUGGAGGACUGGCCCCAGUACCUGAUGUCGGGAGAUGGUGCUACAGUCAAACUCGUCCCAAACAAACCCUUAUGUGUGGAGAGCUUCUUUCAUUAUCCACCUCUGGGUCGAUUUGCUGUAAGGGACUUAAAACAGACAGUUGCUGUUGGAGUCAUCAAGUCUGUGGAGAAGGUGGACCAAGCUAAAAAGACAUCACAAAAACCUGCUGUAUCAAAAUGAGUUGCUCAUUUGUCCCUUUUUAUAAUACUUUAUCUACCAGCAGUCUGGUAUGUGAACCAAAAGGUUCUCUUUAAGUUGAGCAUUUUUGUAUCGUUUUAUGGAACCACACUUUAUUUUGCCUUAAAGUGAAGCCGCUUUUAAAUGCGUUGCUGGUGUAUUGGGUUGUUUGAACUGACUCUGGGGCCCAAUCUGAGGUUUGGCAUGACUGUAGAGAAGCAUUGAGUUGUAUGUUGCUGGACUGCAAAUAAAUUUCAGUUUUCACUCGA